GCAUCAAAGAGGAUGGCAGAGUUAGCACUGACGAAGUCGUUGGUUAGCACCACUUAGCACCCGACUGUAAACGUCGCGAGAACCUUAGCAGCCAUGGAAUGCGCGUGUGGGAAUCUAAUUCUACUGUGGAAAUAUACUCCAGACUUUCUUCACAUUAACUCACAAUUCAUUGCACAAUAACCGAAGAGAGAUAAAGUUCACACUUGGAUACCUUUGGUCCUAUCGAGUGAAUGUUAAUGUUCAGCCGAGGGUGUCUUGGGUGCCUACGCUUGCUACACAAUUCGGUCGGAUGGAAUUUUGCUGGUAACGAACGUCUAUUCCAGGACUUAACCUGCAAAAAUGAAAGGGUGCCCAGGUGGACUUGGGCACCCCUGGGUCCAUUACUGUUGCGCUCAUUCUGCUCCUCACCUUCGCUCUUUGCCAACGAGUCAGUACUACCAUCGCAAGUCCAGGUUGUUAUCGCAGGUGCGGGGACUGUUGCUAAUUCAGUUGCAUAUCAUCUAGUACAAAAUGGGUGGAAUGACGUACUUGUAUUGGAACAAGCCAGGGUGGGAAGUGGAACUUCCCAUUUUGGUUCUGGGACACUUGGUCUGUUCAAACCCAUAGCUCAUCGCAAUAUAAUAAUGUAUAGUAUAAAAUUAUAUCGACAAUUGCAAGAGAUGGGAUUUGACAUUGGAAUGAAGGAAUGUGGUAGCAUAAACCUGGCACAAACCAAAGAUAGACUAAUCGCCCUCAAAAGAAGAAUAGCUUACAAUGUCCCUACAGGAUUGUACUGCGAGAUUCUCGGAAGAGAGGAAUUGAAGAGACUACACCCUUAUUUACACGUUGAUGACUUGGAGGGAGCAGUUUGGGUUCCUGAAGAUGCUGUUGCCGAUUCAAGUGCUAUUUGUCAUGCCUUAGCCAAACUGGCAAAACAGGGUGGAGCUCGCUAUAGAGAGAAUUGUAGAGUACAGGAGGUGUUUACAGAAAAUGAAGUUGUUAAAAGUAUUCAAACGAACCAUGGCAAUAUCACAUGUGAAUAUUUUGUAAAUUGUGCAGGAAUGUGGGCAAGAGAAUUAGGCCUGCGGUGCAAUCCCCCCGUCAGAAUUCCGGCGUACCCAGCAGAACAUUUUUAUGCAACUACACCACCUAUGGUCCCUGAGUUGAAUUCUAAUUUACCGUGCAUACGCGACUUCGAUUCAUACUCGUAUGCUCGUCAAUGGCAAGGUGGUCUGAUGGUUGGUUGGUUUGAACGGGAAGCAAAACCAGCUUUUGGCAGAGAAGGGAAUGUUCCGGAAAAUGAAUGGCAUCGCCACCUCAAAGAUGAUCCAUCACACUGGAAGCCGCUCUGGGAAAGAGCGAAACACCGUCUCCCCAUACUUAGAGAAAUGGGAGAGCCUACUAUUUAUAAUUCCCCGGAUAACUUUACACCAGACGGCCGUUGGAUCCUUGGAGAAAGUCCAGAGGUGAAGAACUAUUUCAUUGCCGUUGGUAUGAAUGGAAAUUCAUUGCAAGGUGCUGGGGGAAUCGGUAAAGCUAUUGCUGAAUGGCUAAUGAAGGGGGAACCAACUCAAGAACUACUUCCCUUCAACAUACAAAGAUUCUUGGAUCUGCACAACAACAAACAGUACCUUCAACAGAGAAUAAAAGAAGUAGUAGGUCGACACUACGCUAUAUUAUAUCCGCACCAGUGCGAAUACAAGUACGCCAGAAAAUUACGCUGCUCGCCAUUGUAUUCAGUGUUGGAAGAACAAGGUGCCGUAUUCGGCAUAAAAAUGGCUUACGAAAGACCACUCUACUUUGAUUCUACUUACCGAAGAGGUGACAAAAAACCUGAAAUGCCACCAGGCAGUUUUUACAAACCAAAAUUCUUUGAAUUUAUGAAAGAAGAAUUCCUUGCCUGCCGCGAAGGAGUUGGAAUAAUUGAUAUGAGCUCUUUCUCCAAAAUUGAGAUUACGUCUAGUCGUUCGGAAGUUGUCGACUAUUUGCAGCAGUUAUGCUCAAAUGAUGCUAAUAUACCGGUGGGCGGUAUAGUUCAUACAGGUAUGCAAAAUGAGCGGGGUGGCUACGAAAAUGAUUGUAUGCUCGUUCGUCAAACGGACAACAGCUUUUUUAUGGUUUCCCCUACAUCCCAACAAACUCGUAUCUAUCAAUGGAUGUCAAGGCAUUUACCUUCUGAUCGAUCGGUGGGCUUGAAUGACGUUACCUCGAAAUAUACCGUAAUCAAUGUUGUGGGUCCAAAGGCAACUGAAUUGAUGUCCGAGUUAUCCAACUCCGAUAUUAAUCUCUCUCCCUUUACACACAAAAAAGUGAAUGUUGGAUAUGCCUCUGACGUAAUGGUGAUGGCUUUUACGCACACUGGAGAGCCGGGAUAUUGUCUCUAUAUCCCAUCCGAAUACGCCUUGCACGUUUAUGCAAGACUGAUGGCAGUCGGUGAGGAUUACGGUGUGCGCAAUGUUGGGGUAUUGACACAACGUUUCAUGCGAAUAGAGAGAUUCAUUCCUUUCUGGGCUGAGGAGCUGAGCCCAUAUGUAACGCCAUAUGAAACUGGAAAUGGGUACAGCGUCAAAUUAGAUAAAGAGUAUUUCAUCGGAAAGUUUGCACUGCAGCACCAAAAAGAGCAAGGGGUGAGGAAACGAUUAAUUCUGUUUGUCUUGGGUGGUGAACUGGAUCCGAAUAAGGACGUUUGGCCAUGGGGUGGCGAACCUCUGUAUCGAAAUGACAGAUAUGUUGGCACGGUCACAUCAGCAGGGUAUGGGUUUGCAAUUGACAAACUCGUUUGUUUGGGAUUUAUUGGACUGCCGGGACUGAGACAAACAUAUGAUGAAAUGAGCCCGAUAACAACUGAAUUUAUAAUGGAUCCAAACGCUCGCUACGAAGUUGAUAUUGCAGGACGGAGAUUUCCUGCUAAGCCUCACGUUCAUCCGUUAUCUUCUCCAGCUCUCAAUAAGCUAAAUAAGAAGUACACACCGACACCAGUUGCUGCGUGUCAGAGUGACAUACUGCUUUAAAUUUCUAUUUGUGUCCUUUUCAAGCCAUCAUUCGUUCAUUAGGAUAACAUGAUUGAUCACUGCAAUUCGUUUUAAAUUAGUAGACAAUCAUUGUAGGUGGAAUUUGUUAGUUUCUAUAGAUAUGAAAUUUUACCGUUUUUGUGAACCUGUAGAUCGUCAAAUUAGAUGAAUAUCAAGCAGAACGAAAUGAAUGCUUCUGCUGUACAUACAUUUUGUUUACCAUGUUAUAUUUAUUUUAAACAGUAGGUGUCUCGGCAAAUUGUGCGAAACAAGCUUAUCAGAGCAAUGUUAGAUCAAGUUAAGCUAAUUACAGACUCGGUUACAUGUAUAUAAUAAAUAUGUAUUGUAUACAUAUAUGCGAUUAAGGCAAUUUUCAAAAACGAAUUACAUUUAUGAUCUAUAAAGCAGUCACCCUAUGUACAGUAACGCGACAAAUCUCAUGGCUUAAAUGGUUGUAGUCAUAUUUGUAUAUUGUUGGUUAUUUACCAUAUAAUGACAGUGUCUGGGGCUCAUCCGUGGCCUUGGCCAGAUAUCGCCGUUUUCAGUUGAAAGCUACCUUUCUUCAAAGGUUGAACUAUUGAAGGCUAGAAUCUGCCCUGUUUCCGGCAAUGUUUCCAAAAAUUUUGUUCACCAAUGCAAUUGCGUUCCAAUAGCUUGAUGCUAUGAGAUACAAUUGAAAGUAUAGGUGGAUUAUGCCUAGAAUAUGGGUAUGAAUGUAUAUGCUGUGGGAUAAACCAUGCAGAGGGGUGAUACAGCAUGUGUUGAUAUCAAUACGUUUCUGUUCCAGCUGAGGCAACGAUCUAAUUAGCCAAUGAUGUUUCAUUAUUCGUUCAUUUUAUACUGCCUCCAAUAGUUCCUCUUGCUAUAUUUACCUUCCGUUUGGUUAAUUAAGAAUUGCACUAAAUCCUUUAAGAUGCCCAUGAUUCCAGUUCUUUAAGAUCAUCAUCAACGUCCUCCGCUUUGGCUUCUAUAGAAAUUGAAAAUAAAUGAUUGACAAUGAGAUAUGA